GUGAAAGUGAGUAUGUUGGCGGUGUAACACUCCUACAAUGCGAGAGGAAGACAGCUCAUCUUCUCCCUCUCACACCAACGCUGACAGUGGUUCUUUGCUAUUCUUCUCCAGACACUACACACGGGUCGCCCACUUGUCAUUAAGUGGUGAUGGUGAUGGAAACCACUUGAGAACUACCGAUACAGAGGUCUAAAAAAGCGAUGCUUGGCUCAACAACACCUACUUCAGCAAAAUAUUAGUGGCAUGGCGUCAGAGCACGGUGCCAGCACAUGGAGCUGCAAGCAGGUGGCCCAGUGGCUGCAGGAACAAGGAUUUGGAAAUUAUGUGGAGCUGCUGUGCACUCAGCACCGCCUGGAUGGACCCAGUCUCCUGGCUCUGACUGAGGCAGACUUGCGCGGGCCUCCUCUGGGACUCACCGUGCUGGGAGACAUCAAGAGGCUGGCCAUAUCCCUCCGCCAGCUCCAGAGACAAAACCAAUCCCAGCUGGAGGAGCUUGGUCUCCAGCCUGGAGACAGUCUCAUUGCUCGACUACCAUUGGGUCCCUCUGUGGCGACCGAGUGGAGCUGGGACAGAUCCGAAAGGUGCUACAAUGAGCACGAUUGUUACGGGAAUGGCACAGAGCUCCGACUGAGGAAUGGUGCCCGAUCUGAAUAUGGUUCUGGAGAGCAGCUGUGUCACAAGCACUCCAUCGGGAGGUCUCGCCAACACUUGGCUGGACGACUAGACCCGGAAGUCUGGAAGACUGUCAUCAGUGUUGUAUAUGUCUUUCUAGUGUUUGGCUUAACAUCCUUUGUUAUGGUUAUUGUACAUGAGCGCGUCCCAGACAUGAGGACGUACCCACCGCUUCCGGACAUCUUUCUGGACAGUGUUCCUAGAAUUCCUUGGGCUUUUGCAAUGGCUGAAGCUUGUGGCCUCAUCCUGUGCUAUAUGCUAAUGUUGAUCCUGCUGCUCCAUAAACACAGGUCCAUUCUCUUGAGGCGGUUGUGUUCUCUGAUGGGAACUGUAUUUUUGCUUCGGUGCUGCACCAUGUUUGUCACCUCGCUCUCUGUGCCGGGCCAGCACCUCAAGUGUUCCAGUAAGACAUACGGUGAUUCGUGGGAAAAGAUACAGAGGACACUAACAAUCUGGGUAGGAUUCGGGAUGACUCUCGCUGGUGUCCAAACAUGCGGUGACUACAUGUUCAGCGGACACACGGUUGUCAUCACGAUGCUCAACUUUUUUGUGACGGAAUACACUCCAAGGACCUGGAAUUUGAUUCACACUAUCUCCUGGGUGUUGAACCUCUUUGGGAUUUUCUUCAUCCUGGCGGCACACGAGCACUACUCCAUUGACGUGUUCAUCGCCUUCUACAUCACCACGCGCCUCUUCCUCUACUACCACACCUUGGCCAACACACGUGCCUACCAGCACAGCCGCAGAGCACGCAUCUGGUUCCCAAUGUUCUCCUUCUUUGAGUGCAAUGUGAACGGACCCGUCCCCAACCAGUACCACUGGCCCUUCAGUAAACCGGCCUUCAUGAAAACGCUGAUAGGCUAGAGUGUUUUCACAACACUUGUGCUUGGAAUGUGGAUUUAUUUUCCUCUCUUUUUUUAUCUUUUAUUUUGUGAUCUAAUCUCAUUUGUUGCAGAUGAUAGGGUUGGUAUAGUUAAUCAUACACAGGCAGAAGCAACCCAAAAAUGUUAGCUUUUAAAUGUGUUUAAUACUAAAUAGCUGCAUUAGCCAGUCUAAUCGAAUAACUUUGGAUUUUUGCACAUUAUAUACUAAUUGUGGGGUCUUAUGGGUCUUAAGGGUGCAUGAACAUAUCCUGGGAGGUGUGCACACAUGUAGGGCUGCAAUGAUUUUCUUAGUCGGUUAAUCUGAAGCUUGUUGUUUUAUCGACGGGCCAAAACAGUAUGGACCAAAUCAAAAUGAACCAAACACAAACAGUCGGUGGUUUGGUCUGAAGCAUAUCAGAAAAGAGGCAAAAAUGUUAAUCAGUGUUUUGAUUUGUGUGAAUCUCUUGUUUUGUCUAAAACACGUAGGUCUGCUUUCAUGGAUGACUAAGGAAAUUAAAAAAUAUUCACAUUUGAGUGGCUGAAAUCAGAGGAUAUUUACACUUUUACAUAAAAAACAAACAAUCGAAUACCAAAAUAGCUGUCGAUUAAUCGGAUACUCGAUUAACCAUCGAUUCAUUGAUUGUUGCAGCUCUACACACAUGGAUUGCUUUAUAUAUUACCACUUUAUUAAGAUUUAUUCUCAAUCUGGACUAUUCAUCACUCAGCAUUUGCAUUAGUAAACUGUGGGGGUGUUCACACAGCCAGACCACACAUUUGGACUUUUUGGUGCCCGUUUGGCAACAAUUACCAAAGAAACAUCUUCUGAAGAUCAACAGGACAACACUUGCUGUUCACUGAGUCGUUUUACGCAGCGUAGUCUACAGUCCUAAUUUAUUUGAUGUAAUUUAUUGUUGCACAGCAUGUUGAUCGUGUCAUGGAAUGGGAGCUUUUUUCAUCUUCGACGUCCUUUACGCCAGCGGAUCGCAAACAAAUGUGUUGGUUACACUGUCAGGGUUAAAAACACACUAUGCACAUGUGCGUAGCAUUUAAUAUAAUUGUUUACAAUUUCUGUCUUUAUUUGCAAUGCAAGUUAUAUACUAGCCUUUUGGCUCAACUAUAAAAGUUUACAACUUCAGGAAAUUGUUAUAUGUUUUAUACUGGCUUUGUCCACUGGCUUUUUUUUUUUUUUUGCAUUUAUAAUAACAUUUCAGCGUAAUGUUGAUUUUUUUUAAAAAUGAUUUUUAAUUAAAAAUAUAAACACAAACUUGUACUAUCAGUGAAAGAGCUGUCGUUUGUUUUAUCAACUGUACCUAUUUGCAAUGGGUAUUUUCUUCAUUUACGUCUAAAAAAAUAUAUAUUUUUUUCAAAUCUGAAUGUUUCUUUUUCCAUGCCUGUAUUGUAUCCAGCUGCACAGUGGCCUAGUGGUUAGCAUGUUGGCCACACAUGUUGGGCAUCUCUGGGCUUUGCAUGUUC